GCUAUGAAUUUUUAUAAGUGAAUUCCUCUUAUAAAAUGAAUGUCUAGAAACCGGAUUUUCCCACUUGGUAAUUAUUGAUAUUGAUGAGCAAAUGAAUGUAAACCUUUUAGCCCAAAUUUCCAAGUAGUCAAAACCACAUUCAACAAAAUCCAAGUAGAGAUAAUCUACUACCUUGCUUCAUAUUUUUCACUUCUCACCGUAUGUAUACACACACAUAAUAUUUUCUCUCCAAUACGACACAUUCUUACGCCUGUGAAACAUUUGACAAAUACAUAAGACAUAAGAAGUUGGUCAUAAUUAUAUAGUUAUAUUCAGUGAUAGUUAUAUAAUUUAGUCGGAGAAAUUAAUAUCAUGGCUUCGGUAUUGGCGGGAGAUGACGUGGCAAUAUCGACUAGUAGUCGUCGGAGUUGGACAUCAACUAGUUUCAGGGAUGUUUGGACGGCGACCACGGCUGCUGUGCCGGAUGUGUUCGAACGGAGUGAUCGGCACACACAAGAGGAUGACGAGUACCACCUCACUUGGGCAGCCAUUGAACGUUUGCCUACUUUUGAGCGCAUGAGAAAAGGUGUAAUGAAGCAUGUUGGUGAAAAUGGAAAAGUUGUGCAUGAUGAAGUUGAUGUUGCUAAACUUGGUUUACAUGACAAGAAAAUUUUGAUGGAGACCAUCCUUAAGUUUGUCGAAGAAGACAAUGAUAAGUUUCUCCGAAAACUUAGAGAUAGACAAGACAGGGUGGGGAUUGAAAUUCCAAAACUUGAAGUCCGUUACAAGAAAUUAUGUGUGGAGGGAGAUGUGUAUGCUGGAAGUAGAGCGCUUCCUACUUUACUUAAUGUUACCAUCAACACUUUAGAGAGUAUUUUGGGAUUGUUUCACCUUGCACCGUCCAAGAAGAGGGAGAUUCAUAUUCUCAAAGAUGUUAGUGGAAUUGUAAAACCAUCAAGGAUGACACUCCUUCUUGGUCCUCCAAGUUCUGGGAAAACAACAUUACUUCUAGCACUUGCAGGAAAACUUGAUCAUGAUUUAAGGGCUUCAGGGAAAAUCACAUACUGUGGUCAUGAACUAAAUGAAUUUGUUGUUACAAAAACCUGUGCAUAUAUUAGUCAACAUGAUAUUCACCAUGGAGAAAUUACAGUGAGAGAGACAUUAGAUUUUUCAUCACGUUGUCUAGGUGUUGGUACAAGAUAUGAAAUGUUGAUGGAACUCUCUAGAAGGGAGAGAGAAGCUGGAAUUAAACCAGACCCUGAGAUUGAUGCAUUCAUGAAAGCUAUAGCAUUGUCGGGCCAAAAAACAAGUUUGGUAACAGAUUAUGUUCUCAAGAUGCUUGGAUUGGAUAUAUGUGCCGACACAAUGGUUGGUAAUGAAAUGAGAAGGGGUAUCUCUGGAGGUCAAAAGAAGCGAGUCACAACAGGGGAGAUGUUGGUAGGACCGGCAAAAGCACUCUUUAUGGACGAAAUAUCAACAGGAUUGGAUAGUACAACCACUUUUCAAAUAUGCAAGUUCAUGAGACAAAUGGUUCAUAUAAUGGAUGUAACAGUGGUCAUUUCUCUCUUACAACCAGCACCAGAGACAUUUGAACUCUUUGACAAUAUUAUCCUACUUUCAGAAGGUCAAAUUGUAUACCAAGGUCCACGUGAGAGUGUGCUAGAGUUCUUUGAAAACAUGGGAUUUAAAUGUCCAGAUAGAAAAGGUGUUGCUGAUUUCUUACAAGAAGUAACAUCCAUGAAAGACCAGCAACAAUAUUGGUUUAGAAAAGAUGAACCUUAUAGAUAUGUUUCAGUUUCUGAAUUUGUAGAUUCCUUUAAUUCAUUUCUUAUUGGAGACCAACUUGUGACAGAGCUUAAAGUUCCUUAUGAUAAGAGUCAAACCCACCCAGCUGCAUUAGUCAAAGAAAAAUACGGUAUUUCAAAUUGGGAACUAUUUAAGGCAUGUUUUUCAAAAGAAUGGCUUCUUAUGAAGAGGAAUUCUUUUGUUUAUGUAUUCAAAACAACACAGAUAACAAUCAUGUCUAUUAUUACUUUUACUGUGUUCUUUAGAACAAAAAUGACAGUUGGCACUGUUCAGGAUGGACAAAAGUUUCAUGGGGCAUUAUUCUUUACACUGAUAAAUAUGAUGUUUAAUGGGAUGGCAGAACUAUCCAUGACUGUUACUAGGCUUCCUGUGUUUUACAAACAAAGGGAUUUUAUGUUCUACCCUGCAUGGGCAUUUGGGCUACCUAUAUGGAUUCUUAGGAUCCCUCUCUCCUUUUUGGAAUCAGGGAUAUGGAUUGUCCUUACAUAUUAUACAAUUGGGUUUGCUCCUUCUCCUACUAGAUUUUUUCGACAAUUCUUGGCAUUGUUUGGCAUUCAUCAAAUGGCUCUCUCUUUAUUUCGAUUUGUUGCUGCACUUGGUAGAACAUUAGUUGUUGCUAAUUCGUUAGGUACCUUGACCUUGCUAGUGGUAUUUGUGCUAGGAGGUUUCAUUGUUGCUAAAGAUGACAUUAAACCAUGGAUGAUAUGGGGCUACUAUAUAUCUCCUAUAAUGUAUGGCCAAAAUGCCAUUGCAAUUAAUGAAUUCUUAGACAAACGAUGGAGUAAACCAAAUACAGAUCUAAGAAUUAAUGAACCAACAAUUGGAAAAGUACUUCUCAAAGCUAGAGGCUUGUAUACAGAAGACUACUGGUAUUGGAUCUGCAUUGGAGCCUUGGUUGGGUUUUCUCUUCUCUUCAACAUAUUUUUCAUUGUUGCAUUGACAUACUUAAAUCCUUUAAGUGAUUCAAAAGCAGUCACAACCGAUGAAGGUGGCAAGAAAAAUGAAAAUUCAUCCUUAAGACACCAUGCCUUUCAAGGUACCGACAUAGCAAUGAAAAAUUCUUCAGAAAUUACUAGUUCGUCGAACCAUGAACCGCGACGAGGAAUGGUUCUACCAUUUCAACCUCUUUCAAUGGCGUUCAAUCAUAUUAACUACUACGUUGACAUGCCAGCAGAAAUGAAGAGUCAAGGAAUCAAUAAGGAUAAACUUCAACUACUACAAAAUGUUAGUGGUGUUUUUAGACCAGGAAUAUUAACAGCACUUGUAGGUGUUAGUGGUGCUGGGAAGACAACCCUCAUGGAUGUAUUAGCUGGAAGAAAAACAGGUGGAUACAUUGAAGGAAAUAUUAGCAUAUCAGGUUACCAAAAGAACCAAACAACAUUCGCUCGAAUUAGCGGUUACUGCGAACAGAAUGACAUUCAUUCUCCACAUGUUACGGUCUAUGAAUCACUAUUAUUUUCGGCAUGGCUUCGUCUUCCUUCAGAUGUAAAGACAGAAACAAGAAAGAUGUUUGUUGAAGAAGUUAUGGAUUUGGUAGAGCUUAAAUCACUUAGAGAUGCUCUUGUGGGACUUCCAGGUGUAGAUGGUCUAUCAACAGAACAAAGGAAAAGGCUUACUAUUGCAGUAGAGCUUGUUGCCAACCCUUCAAUCAUCUUCAUGGAUGAACCAACCUCAGGCCUUGAUGCUAGAGCUGCUGCUAUCGUUAUGCGAACCGUGAGAAACACAGUAGACACAGGGAGAACUGUUGUGUGCACAAUUCAUCAACCAAGCAUAGACAUUUUUGAAGCUUUUGAUGAGUUAUUGUUGAUGAAAAGAGGAGGGCAAGUUAUCUAUGGCGGACCUCUCGGUCGCCACUCACAUAAGCUUGUAGAAUAUUUUGAAGCUAUCCAAGGGGUUCAAAAGAUUAAAGAUGGUUAUAAUCCAGCCACAUGGAUGCUUGAGAUUAGCUCUCCAUCAAAUGAGACUCAAUUAGAUGUAGAUUUUGCAGAGAUUUAUGCUAACUCUACACUUUAUCAGAGAAAUCAAGAACUUAUUAAGGAGCUCCAUACUCCAGCACCAGAUUCGAAGGACUUGUACUUCCCAACAAAAUAUUCACAAUCAUUUUUUGUUCAAUGCAAAGCUAACUUCUGGAAACAACAUUUGUCCUAUUGGAGACAUUCUCAAUAUAAUGUUGUUAGAUUCUUCAUGACCACAGUCAUUGGAUUAUUGUUUGGUCUAAUAUUUUGGAAGCAAGCCAAAAAGACGAAAACACAACAAGAAUUACUGAAUCUUUUGGGAGCCAUGUAUUCGACUGUUCUUUUUCUUGGCGCAACAAAUGCUUCAGCAGUGCAACCAGUUGUUUCCACAUUACCCUAUGCAUUUGCUCAGGUGGCAGUUGAGGCAAUUUAUAAUGCAAUUCAAACAAUGAUUUACACUCUAAUCAUAUACUCCAUGAUUGGUUUUGAAUGGAAGGCAACAAACUUCUUAUGGUUCUACUACUACAUACUAUUGAGUUUUAUCUCCUUCACAUUGUAUGGAAUGAUGCUUGUUGCACUAACACCAGGCCAUCAUGUUGCUGCCAUUUGUAUGUCCUUCUUUAUGAGUUUCUGGAACUUGUUCUCUGGUUUUGUCAUUCCUAGGAUGGAAAUUCCUAUAUGGUGGAGAUGGUACUAUUGGGCUUCUCCAGUUGCAUGGACAUUAUAUGGUCUUGUAACAUCACAACUAGGUGACAAAAAUGGAGAAAUAGAGAUACCAGGAGCUGGAAGCAUGGAACUAAAGGAAUUUCUAAAACAAAAUUGGGGUUAUAAUCAUGACUUCCUUCCAGCUGUUGCUGUUGCUCAUAUUGGUUGGGUUCUUCUCUUUGCAUUUGUGUUUGCUUAUGGCAUCAAAUUCUUUAACUUCCAGAAAAGAUAGUACAAUAAAAACUAUAUAGGAGUUCAUGUAUUCAAUACUUCAAAUCUUAGGAAUCUCCUCUUUUAGUGAA